ACAUAAUAAAAAUCUAUCCAUUCAUAACCUCUACCAAAACUAGAAGCUAACAUUAUCAAACAUGAGGAUGUCCAAGAAGAAUUGGUUUGGCAGUGUCCGUAAGAAACUAUUCAGGUCAUCUCCUCCACAUAAAACUAUCAUUGUUCUUCAUAAUAACACAAUUACAACUAGGACAAGCAGUGCAAAUGGGCAAUCUACAAAGCACAAUGGCCGCACUUAUUUUCUGUCUAAAGAGGAUAUGGCUGCUAUUACUAUCCAAUCUCACUUUAGGGGUCAUCUUGCGAGACGGGCGUUUAAGGCACUGAAAAGCCUUGUGAGACUUCAAGCUGUGGUACGUGGGGCAUGUGUGAGAAGACAGGCUAGAAUAGCUCUUCAUUGCAUGCACGCCCUUGCACGCCUGCAAGUAACUGUCCGAGCUCGUCAACUCCUCAGCAAGUGCGACAAUCGUCGAUAAUUCAUAUACUAUCUUCUUCAGUAUCUCCCUCAUCUCGUGGCGUACACAAGAUUUUGUACUUAUUAUAACAAUUCGGCUAAUAUAUGGAUUUGAUUCCGGAAUCGUGGGGAGUUUAACCUUAGUACUCCCUCCAUCUUAAGGACAAUACGCUUUUUUGCUUCUCUAUAAAGAAAAAUAUAUGCAUAUUUUUUUCUUAUGAAUAUACUUUUCAAGAUUUCAGGAUGUGAAAGUUUGGGAUUUUGUGGUGUAUAUUAUAAGUAACUAGUUUCAAAAUGUUGUUUGAGGACGAAUUAAUUUUCGUUGAUCAAUUGCUUUUUUCAGGACAAAAAUUACUUUUUUUAAAAAAAUUUGGUCGCACUUAAAAGCUGGUCAAACGAACUAAUUAAUCUAACCAUCGAAAAAUAAGUAGGGCAAUCCGAUAGGAUGGAGGGAGUACGGAAUGCCUGAACAUGAGUUCAAUCUCUUAUUCUUCAGAACUUGCUGUUCAACUAACAAAGAUUUUGUAAAGUUGUAUGUGCUGUUUUCGUGUAUUUGCACGUCUUCAAUGUUGAAGAGAGGACUUAUGAUUAUUAUUUAGUUGUGAAUUCUGGUAAGCUUCCGGAGAAUGUUACUAUUCAGAUCUGACCACGUACAUGAAUUA